AUGGAGGUGGCUCGUACCUCCAUGAUAUGUGCGGCUGCUCCCCAUUUUCUGUGGCCGUUUGUGGACCGGUACACUACGCAUCAGCUAAACCUUUGGCCCUGUGUGUCUCAGGUAGACCCACUCCCCUUGGCUGAGCCUGUCGAGGUCACUAGCGACUGUGGUGCUGCUGGGCGUGGUGCUGCUUGGGGUACCGCGUCUAGGGGUGCUGAGCCUGCGGGUGCGGAGCCUGGGAGUGCUGAGCCUGUGCGUGCGGAGCCUGGGGGUGCUGAGCCUGAGGGUGUUGAGUCUAAGGGUGCGGAGCCUCGGGGUGUUGAGCCUGAAGGUGCGGAGUCUAGGGGUGUUGAGCUGGAGGGUACCGAGUCUGGGGGUGCUGAGCUUAGGGGUACUGCGUCUGCUGGAGGUCCUCUGGGUGCCUCGUCACGGCGGUGUCGCUGUCGGGAGCCUCUUUCGCCACAGCAGUUGCGCGAGUGGUUUGCUUGGCGCACCCGCCUUCGAAGUCGUGCAGCUGGAGCUGUAGGCCCUACCGCUGGAAGCACUAUUGCUGGAGGUGCUGGAGCUGGGGGCGCUGGAGGGCUGGUGGUGCUCCUGGAGCUAGAGGUGCUAGUAGUGCUGGCGCUGCUGGUCCCGGAGGUGCUCGUACUGAAGGUACUAGAGCUGCCGGAGCUGGUGGUGCUGCAGGCACUGGAGCUGGAGACCCUGGAGCUGGAGGCACUUGAGCUGGAGACCGUGGAGCAGGAGGCGCUGGAGCUGGAGGCAUUGGAGCUGGAGGCGCUGGAGCUAGCGGCACUGAAGCUGGAGGCACUGGAACUCGAGAAACUGGCGCUGGAGGUGCUGGAGCUGGAGACACUGGAGUUGGAGGCACUGUGGCUGGAGGCGAUGGAGCUGGAGGCACUGGAGCUGGAGGUGCUGGCGCUGGAGAUGCUGGAGCUGGAGGCACUGGAGUUGGCGGCACUGGAGCUGGCGACCCUAGAGCUGGAGGUGCUGGCGCUGGGGGUGCUGGAGCUGGUGGUACUAGUGCAGGAGGCAGUGUGCAGCGGCGACCGUUUUCGCUCUGCCGUCGCCGUCCGUGUCCCGCCUGCGUCAUCUCUUGCUGACGGUCCGGACCCCGAGUCUGACUUAGUUCGUGCUGCCAAUCCUACUGUCACACGUCUUCUAGCCUCUGUUGUCACUAACCCUUCGUUUGAGUCCGCUGCUACGUCUGCCCCGGUUGAUGAGCUUGUUGAAUUUGCUGCCGCCUGUUGUCUCGACUACGCCGCUAGUCUUGUUGCUAAUUCUGAGUCUAUCUGUCCUCCGUCUGUCGGGGGUGAGUGUGCUCUUGGCACGGACGUCCUUGAGGACAGGCAAGAAGACUUUGAGUGUUUUGCGGCUGCUGUACCUCAUCUCGUAGCCAUGCUGCUUGCUCCUGAGGGAGACCCAGAUGCACGAGACAUCCCGACCCCGCGCUCUUACGCAGAGGCGAUUACGAGUCUUUAA